CACACAUCAAUUCCCAUCAAAUCACCAGUCAUCCAACCAUCCAACAAAUAAUGGACACAACUCCCCACAGCCGCCGCGGCCGCUGGCGCAUCCGAUCCCGCCGUCCUCCCAAGCCGUCCCCUUCCCCUCCUCCACCUCCACCCGCCCCCCUCACUCCGUCCCUCCCCGCCCUUCCGCAAACCACCAGCCCGCUCUUCACUCACCUCCCCCCGGAACUCCGCAACAAGAUCUACGCCUACACCCUGGAAUCCGCCCCGGCCUCCGACCCCACCACCCGCGCCUACCGCCGCCAAGCCCUCUACUACCGGCCCGGCUUCCAAAGCCCCAAGCGCAUCUCCACCGCUCUCCUCCAAACAUGCCAACAGAUCUACUCCGAGGCAUCGCUUCUCCCCCCAUCCCUCACAGCACAUACAUUCUGGUGUUAUCGUGCACCCCCACAUGUCCGCAAUCCCGCAUCCCCCCAGGAAUAUUUUUCCCGGAUGACGGCUAUGCAAAGAGGAGCGGUUAGGGAGGUGGCAUUCUUCACGCAGCAGUUUUAUCUAGAGGGGAGUUGGGGGCGGGCCCUCAACAGCCUUGAUGUGCCUGUGAACAAGGGGGUAUUUCCGAAGAAACUGACCCUUACGUUGCGGCAUUCUGAUUGGUGGUUUUGGGAGAGUGAUGAGAUGUUGGGGAUUGAUCCGUUUCAGAGGGGGAGGUUUGUGUAUGUGCCUUGGUUGGAGGAGUUGGUGGUGGAGUUUGAGACGGUUAUGAGGAAACGGGAUCAGUUGGAUGCGAUUGUGAAGAUGGCCAGGGGGUGGAAGUUUCCGCUUGGAGGAGACGGAGAGGGGGAGUGGGAGGGAAGUGGCAGUGAGGAUGAGGGAGGGAGGGUCGGGAGAGUGCCAAAGUUGGUGCCGUUGAGGGAUGACAGUGGCAAAGGGAAAGGGGAUGGGAAGGAAGACUUGGACUAUGAUCCUACGGUGGAGGAAGAGUAUUAUGUGGUGUUUAUGACGUGGAAGAGGCAGAAGGUGGAGUGAGUGGUUCAUAACCUGAUGCAUUUCAGUUCAGUGUUUAUAUUGCGAUUCAUGACAUGACGGACUUGGUGACCACUAUAGACGAAGCAUUUUAUUAUCCCAUGUACAUGGUUUACUGUUAAAAUAGUCUUACGGAACUAAAACUACAUAUCUCAACCCAUUUAAUCUAUCUAUGGAAAUUGAGG